UUAUUUGGUUGUAAUAAUUUAUUGCGGGUGUUCUGCUUAGUUGAUGAAAAAAAAAGAAAAACUUUCUACGCUGCAAAAUUGCAGCUAGAAAAAGUAGGACUCGCGAAAAACACCCAAAAGAGUUAUAAAAUGAUGAGUGUAGAAAAUUAAUUUGGAAAUUAAAAUUACUUACAGUGAGAGUGAUUAUGCCACUACCGUACACACGAUUCUACUCGUACAAAAGUGAAAAAAUACAUAUUGCAGACCUUUCAAAGCAGGCACGAAUAAACAUAAAUAUAAUAUUUUAUAAUUUAAGAAAGGCUUAUAUGUGUGUUGCUAGUGCAACUUGCUUACCUAAGGCGAAGUUAUACGCAACACUUGCAACAUUAAAAAUUUAGUAAUACGUAUGUAUUGAGUUUCCAACCCACAUGGUGCUGGCAUAUACCAACAACAACCAUACUUAGUGCAACAGACUGGAGAGUGACAAGUGACAAAUUUUAAAAUAUGCGCUUCAAUAGGUCGAGUUUAAUGACAUUAGCCUCAAACCCAGCAACGAAAUUUGAGAAGGAAGGACUAUUGAUUAUCACCGAACGUCAAGAAGGAUUCUUUCGUCGUGUUGAUGUGAAUUACCCACGUUGGUGUAAACUACGUGGCAAUUUGUUAUUUUAUUUAAAGGAUCGCGAUCCGCAAUCACCUCCCUCUGGAUUGCUGGUGCUUGAAAACUGUCGACCAUUGAUACGUAACGAGGAGCGUGAAUUCGAUGGUUUCGCUUUCAUUUUAGAAUUCGAAGGCAGUCAACCACAGCGCAUUUCCACACGCACAGCUAAAGAGCGCCUCGAGUGGGUAAAGUGCAUCCAGUUGGCUUCUUCUGCGUAUUUAGAUCGUCAAAUUAAAUAUCUACAAGAUCAAAUCUUUAUUAAAAUGGGCAAUCGCAUCGCAGGUGGUGUAUCACCAGUGGGGAUGCUAACAACGGCUAGUGAUGCGCUUUUAUUAAAUGCUGCACGCAUUGGUAGCGGUGCGUCUGCAACGACAAUACAAAGCGCUGUAGCCACCAAAGUGGAAGAAGACCUCGCCGAAAUACCGAUCUGUGAGUCUGCCUUAUCCUGUGAUAGCUUGCCGUGUGGCGAUCACGGACGACUGCCCAAUACGCGCGUGGUUUGCUCGUCGCUCUCCCCAGGUGAUACGAUGCUGUGGCGUGAUUUUGCAGGUACUGAAAUCGUCGAGCGCUCUGCAAAUCCGCAGUUCUUGUGCACCAUCCGAUUUAAGCGAAGUGAUGGUUUUACGGCAAAUACAUUGUUGCGUUUUACUGUGUACGAUGUACGCGAACGGUUGUCGCACACCGCCGUGCCACUCGCCUUUGCUGAGGUGGCAUUAGGUGUCAUACAAGAUGCAACGCGUUUUCGCAUUCCUCUACGUGCAAUGGAUGGCGAAUGCGGCUUUAUAACGAUUGCCUCAUGGGCUCCAGAGACAGAUCGACAAUCGCCACCACGUUCCACGACGCAAGUGUUUCAGGAACAAACAAAAGGACAUCGACGCUCACAGUCUCUACCACCCAAACUGGGCGUUAAGUUAUUUGUACCUUUUCAAGGACUUUUGCAAGCAGUAUUCGCAAAUCCAUUGAUUCACACAUAUCGUUUACACUCGAGUAUGGGAGGCGACAUUAGUGUUCAUGAAACGCUGCUUGAGAGCAAAUACAGCUUCUCAAUACCUCAGCAAUUGCUCUCUAUAUGGAUACUGCGUGAAAAGGAGUUAUUACAAGAAAUCUCUGGAAUGGGCGAGUUAGGUGGCGAGUGGCGACGGCGUCAAAUGGAUUUACUUGAUAAACACCUUAAAUUAUUGAAAGACUAUUCGCAAGCGAAACAAAAUCUGCAGCAAAUUACAAAGGAGGAAGGUCCGCACUUCAAACGUUCCUCCGUAAAGACUGAUGAGUCGCUCGAGUUUGUUCCAGUCAAUUUGCACUUGCAACGAAUGUGGGCACAGAAUGAUACGCUGAAUCGGUCUGGUGUGCUAGACAUUAUAACAGUUGGUGCAUUUACACGCCAUGCAACCAAUGGACGCACUGGAGGCCUUAUAAAACUUCUGCAAGAAACCAAAGAUUCGCCAUCGAAAUUUGAACAGGGCAACGCAUGCAAAGUGCAGGCCGCCAAUGACGCCGUACAGGCCAUUAAGCAGCUACGCAAAGAGAUCGUCGAAAUAAUGUCCCAAUUGCUUUUACUCGCAAAAAGUAAAAACCCGAAAGGUAUGAUGCCUUUAUGUAACGAAAUGAUCACAAAAACCAAAACGCUGUUGAAUAUUUGGGAACCAAAUCUGGUCGAAGAGGCUUUCGCAUUUGUGGAGCAACAUCGCAUCAUUGACGAACCAGAUAAUGUGUUGAUGCCAAUGUCACCGUUUCGCAAAAUCACGCAACAACUCUGCGCUUUGGAUUUGAAAUCACCAGAGCUGGAAGAUUUUGCCACACCCAUUGUGGCGCCCCCUGAUCUCUGGCCUCGCACAAAAACAUCUACGGGCUUUGCUGGUUGUACAGGCCGUCCAUUGGUUCGUUCCAAUAGCCUCUGCCUGCGUCCGUCACCCUCAACAAUGGACAUAAACGCCAUACAUGCACUUCAUCGCACCGUAAAAACAUACAACGAACAACUACGUAAUCGUGCUGUCAUAGCCAACACUGUAGCUGCAGCUGAAAAUGAUUCUGAGAUGGAAGCUACAUUCCAAUCCCUACCCGUACAUUUAAAUGAUACCACAUCUGACAUGGCAUUUAACGAUGGACACUUUAGUGUUGCUGAUAGCGAGAAUGUCAGCAAUCGUUGUGCAGGUUCAACGCUUCAAUUGAUUGACCUAGAUGAUGUUGAUGUUGCGCAGCCUGCCUUCGUAGGCAACAUGCCCACUUCGCAUGCGUUUACUCCGGGUGAGAGUAAUCCGAACUUCUAUACGCACAUGGAUCCGGAAUCAGAUGUAGAUCAUAAUUCCACCACAAUACAUCACCAUGGUAGUUUCCUCGAUACAAAAAUUAUGAGUUCUUCUCCUUCGGCAAACUACUAUCGGCCGACCGAGGAACCAGAACCGCUCGAUCUUACGCAAUUGAACAUCGAGGCGAGCGUAAUGUGUUUGGUGAGCAAAAUCAAGUUUCUCUGUGGCCGUUGUGGUAGCCCAGCAAUACGUCUGCGCCAUCCAAAAACCAAUAUGAAGCGCGCAGGAUUCACGCACUCGCCUGUGCCCCCGGAUCUUGUGGCUAGCCAAAGUAAAGUUGCCGAAACCCUAGAAACUGAUACGGUCGCAGAUGAAGGGCAGACGAAUGACAACGGCAAUGGUCUUAAUUUGGACUUAACGCAAGAUGUUAAUGCGCAAACACAUCAGACAGCAGAUAUGGAAACAAUCCUGGCGCCCAAAAAAGGCAACAAAUUCACGGACGGUCUCGACUUAUCGCUUACGACUGACUGGGCUUCCGAGCUGCGCCCCUCAAUGCGCAAACUACGCCAUGCUAUGGACGGUCUACUGAAAACGGCGCGUCUGAUGCACUCUGUGCAGCGCCUACAACAGGACAUGAAGCGCAACAGCAUCAAUUUAGAAAUCAUGUAUCGACGGGAUGUGUGCUUUUCACAAGCUUUAACGGCAUUAAUUAGCGCACUGAUGGCCAAACUGUGGGGCAGUGAAAUAACCGAAAACUUUAUAAAGAUUCUCAGGGAUUUAGGACCAUUAGCAUACUUUGAAGGAUUGCUAUCGCUGUAUGGCAACGAGACGGAUAUGUGGGGUGAUAUGUGCAUCGCCAUCGAAGAUCUUUCGGCAGUGAAUUUCACGCUUACGCGAAGUAGCACACAAAACGAUGAACGCACACUAGUGCCUCUGCCACGUGUUGUCGGUUCACGACAAUCACUAAACGUCUUGCUGCCGGUUCCGGAACACGUCUAUGCCAUUAUGCCAACGCAGGAGACGCUUACUUUCAAGCUUACACCGGUUUUCUUCAAUAUCGGCAUUAACGAGAAGGCAACACUCGCCGAGACGUUGGGGCAAACACGCGAGCAACAUCGUUCCAAUUGGGAUAACUUUGUGCGUCUGAAACAGUAUUACAGUCGAUAUCGUAAACUACAACUAGUUACACCAGAUACGCCCAGCAAGCAGGAACCACAUCCGCCAGCAACACAAGCGCUUGCCAAUAUACUCAGACUCAUGGAGGAGCAACUGCGUUCUAAUGUAUCGAAAAAUGUGAAAAUUUUACACUUGGCCGAGGAUGCGUGUCGUCUGAUGUCGGGUUUGCGUUUUACCUCAUGUAAAAGUGCCAAAGACCGUACGGGUAUGUCGGUAACAUUGGAGCAAUGUCGCGUGCUGGUGCAAGAAUUUCAUCUGCCUGCCAAAAGCGUGCCACAUGUGCUGAGCACAAUGCGGAGCGAGGGUACCCGCAUGGAUAAUGUAUUUAAGAAUAUCGAUAAGCGUAAGUACGCGUUCAAUCUGCCACAGAUGCUCUCACUGCCGGCUAUGUACCGGCCACCAGCAGGUUCCUAUCGCAAGGUAGAGACUUAAAAGCGAGGAAUAUGUGCAAGAUAAAGCAAAAAACAAGCGGCAAGACUUAAGCCAUUCAAAUAGGCAGUAGAAAGUAAUUACAUCUAACACAAUAAGUAAUGGAAUGAAAAUUUUUAAGUAGGAACCUUUAUUAACCUCAUAAGUUAGUUGGAAAAUGGAUAAAACCAAAAACAGAACCUCAAGUAUAAAGCUAAAAUUAACUGAUUAUAUUAAUAGUUUAAAAAAAUUAACAAUAGGAAUGACUUACAUAGUUAGAGUACUCACAGUUCGCUUCUAGAAUUUCCAUGUUCUGAUUUUAGAAGCAUAUCAAAGGCAGCAAAUGUACAUCUUAUUUGGUAUUUCCGGCUAAAUUAUGAAGUUAUUAGCCUUUACAACGCAAACAAAUGAACAAUUAAAUCGACAUGUGGCAAAAUGUCACAAACUGAGUAGAUGCUAAAAUUGAAGCAACAGAUAUCACAAAUUGUGAGUGCUCUAACCUAAAAAUAAAAAAUAAAUAAUUCGCGCGUACAGUUCUGUAAGGUUUUUGGUCGUGCUCCUCCUCCCAAUUGUGGCGUCCGUCUUGAUGUUGCUCCACAAAGGACCUUACACCUACACUUGUGAAAAUAAUCUCACUUUAGCACAAAAUGAGAGCAGAUUAGAAGUAAGCAGUGCAGCGACAUUUAAUUCAUUUGCGCAAAAAUCGCACAUCUCAAAUAAGCAAUUUGCUUAAAACAUUCUUGCAAUUUGUUGUUUUUACAUGAAAAGUUUAGUCUAGUUUAUUUAGCUGGUUUUUGUUUUGGUGCCAAAAAUUCUGGGUUUUAAAAUCUAUCUCUAUAGUCAAUCAGACUACUAGACUACUGAAAACUACAUGAGCCAGUAAUUAGAGGUAAAGAGAAAAGUGUUACUUAUAACUUUUGGUUUAUCAUUCUAAUUACCCAAAAAAAAGCUUCAAGUAUUCUCAAAAAACAAGGUGAAGUCCAAAAUAAGCAAGACUGGCGCCAUAAAAAUGUUUUUGAUGGCGUCAGCCUUUUAAUGAGUUAGUGCGUUGGAAGUUACAUCCCUAGCUGACUUCCAGUGAAAGCUUGGUGACAUUCGGUUCAGUGGAAGCGAAGUUAUUGCGUCUGAAGUUUCAGUGUUUGUGUCCUCGGUACAAAAAUGAGUUUCGAACAAACAGCUAAUAUCAAAUUUUGUUUUAAAAUCUAUAAAUCUGUUUACCGAAACAUUUGAAUUGAUGGAAAAAGUUUAUGGCGAUGAUUGUCUAUCUCGUGCCAGAGUUCAUGAGUGGUUUUCACGUUUCAGAGAUAGUUGUGAAGACAUAAAUGACAAUGAACGUACGAGCCGCUCAAAAUCAGUAAUCACCAAGUAAUCAAAACUCCAUCGAAAUUGUUCGUAAAUUUAUCAAAAAAUGAAGCGAAAUCAUCGUUGAAAUUCAUGGAAUCGGAGUUGAAUAUCUCCAAAACAUCGAUUUAUCGCAUUUUACCUGAUCAUUUGGGCUUACGAAAGCUCUGUGCACGUUUCAUUUCGCACAAGUUAACUGAGGAACAAAAAUUUCUCAGAACUCAACAUUCGAAAGACCUCAUUAAAGAGGCGAGAA